GGCUCAGCCUUUGCAACCAAAGCAAACGAACAAAUAUUGCUGUGCAGUAGUCGGUCUGUUUGCAUGCCGUGCUCUCUCGUUCCCGAUCGUGUGCUCAAACUUUGUGACACCAUGGACAACAAAUGGUGCCCGUCGGUUCGUCCUUUUUCACACUGGAGCAUGAUUUUGAUUAUAAAUAUACUCGUGCGCAAACAGAAACAAGAAGACCUGACUUUCGUUCACUUAUUACAGAAAAAACAUAGACAGUAUUAAGUAUUGGAACUUCGAGAUCGAGUGGCUUUUCUAUGCAACGAUCGUGCGUGGUACUUUGCGCACCUACACGGAGACAGCUUUGAUGCACAUCGACGUCUUUCGAAAAACCAACAACAGCCCUGCCCUCCCUGUGCGUAUUAGACCUCUUGACCCCUCGUAGUUUUGCAAGUCAUUUACAGUUCUAGACAGACUGGUAGAUCGGAGUCGAUAUUUCUGUAGCAGCACAGUAGAGCGGCACCCUUUGCAAGAAGCUACAGAAUAUGAUUACCAGGCCACGCUGUAAGAUUGCAGAAAUGAUAAAAAUACGAUAGAAGGUGGCAGGGCUUACGGACAUUCAUCAUACUCAAUUUUCGCUACACUUUUUUUUUCUGUUUUUUACCCCAGCACUCCGGCGCCCCUUGCAUUUUCCACUAUGUAUGCUUUUUUUGUAGAUGAGACAACCAAUAUCGUGAUGAAGUGCCAAAUAAGAAACGCGCACGAGAAGACAAGCAGAUCAUGAAAUGUAAAUCUUUUUUAUGGAGCUCCUCGCGAUCCUCGGUUUGAUUGUUGUGGAACCCCCUCGAUCGUGCGAUCGUCGUGAAGACGUCGUUGCGACCGACGAAGCGGACGUGCAAAAUAAAAUUGGGUCCUAGUCAAAUUUUUAGUGAAUUGAGCAAGACCAAGAUAUCAUAAUAAGAUGAAAGUGAAAGACGAAUGCAACAGAAGAGCAGAGCAAAGCGCCUCGGUUCCGAAGAUCUCCGCCUGAAACCAAAGCGACUAAAUCCAUGUUCCUGAAUUUGAAUCAUCAAAAUAAGAAACGAUCACAACUUCUUCCUCGAGACAAAGAUGAAAGUGGUAGGUGGUAGCAAGAAUGUGAAAAAUCAUCAUGGUUCUUUUUCUGGCUAGCAAAUAAGGAUUGCGCUUUUGGAAAAACCUCAUUUUAUUAUCUUUCUUUUUCACAGGCGGUCAACCACUACAAAAAGUAUACGGAUGAACCUGAGAACUACGGCUUAAAUAUUUUUCCGUUGUUGAAGAAGUUGUGCUCAACAUUUAUACUCUUCGGCAAAUGAUAAAAGAAUACUUCUUUUCCCUGUAGUAGGUUGGUUGGACUUGAAUUAUGGUAUGUGGACGGCCUAUACAUUAUACGACACGUGGUUUUUUUUAGCUUGUAGUUGUAGCACAAUCGAUUAAGGCACAGAUGAUACAAAGUCAAGGUGCAGGAUUAAUAAGCGUGGGCGUGGCUUUCAGUCGACAACUUUCUGUGGUAUAGAGCCAUCGAACGUCGCUGACCAUCCCUUCUCUUCCUGGUGGACCAAACGGCUCACACAUUUUUUUUUUUUUGUGUGUUUGUCAUUUUUUGACACUCAGACAAUUUCCAUUUCCAAUUAAAUUAGACUACAAUAAACACUAAAACGCUAUUAAGGCACCUACCCGCAUCUAGUGAGUAUUUACAUCGUAGCCAGCAGUAGAUUUACAUCAUUGCCGUGGUCGAGGAACGCAGUUAGCUUCUUAGCAUCAACGGAUUAGGGGAAGAUAUUCUCAAGUGCCUCUAGCUUUCUUCUGGACCAACUGCGACAUGACAAUGUAAAUGAAAACCACUAGUAGAUGUGCCAACUGCAUUUUCUACAACCAUUUCUUCGCGGAGACCGAGACGGAGACCACAACAUUUUUAUAUACGACUACCGUCUACUACUUCUUGCCAAUUUCUUAUUCUUUUCACUGAAUAUCUUGAUACCCAUUUUAUUGACACGAAACCCGCACAAUUUUUUACCCAUAUCCCUUCCUCACUUCGACUUCCCCGUGAAGUUAAGCAAAAACUAUAUGGAUGACGAUUUGCGCUUCUACCGGUGGCAGAGCGGAUGACGGUUUGGAUAUUUUUUAGCCGGAUCCUUUCUCAUGCGAGAGUUCUUGACGAAGUCGAAGACGAUGCGGAUGCCGUGUGAUUAAGUUGACGAAUUAUAACAGUUGCAGUUGGAACUGCAUCGGCUGCAGUCGUGGCUCUAUUACCGCAGAGAAAAAGGUUUGCGGGUAAUUGGAUCGAAUUGACGUUCGUGCUUCGCCCAAGCACAAAAUGUCCAGUUACGCCAACACGGGAGCCUCUUCAACACCGCAUGCCGGAGGAAAGAACAGCUACGAUAAAAAUUCGCGCAACGUUGCAAAUAGCAGCUCCUGGAACGACGGCAAUCAACACUGGACUUCGGUGCGCUUUUUGAUUUCUAAGUUUAUUUCGGACGCAUAAGACGUAUUCAAAUUUCAAUUUACGCGUGAUCCAGCUGUACAAAUUCAGCUCGCUGGCAUGGGCUGAGCUUGACCUCUCCUAUCAUUUAAUUCAGGAUGCUGCUGGCGUGACGGUGAGAAAACCCGCCGUUUUCUUCACUACGAAUGUUUUUAAUCAUGAUGUUGCUUAAUUCAUUCGGCACAUAUGAUAAUUUUGGGUUAUGAAUAUUCAUUAUACAGCAUGCCGGUGUGGGGAACCAAAACACGAACAUAAGUCCGAAGGGCGGGAAUGGACCGAGCCACCAGGUGCCGGGCGGCAAGACAACCACGCCAAAAAACAAAAACAUGAACACCAAAGGGAGGUCUGUUGGUGGAAACAAUCGGGGUGGAAACGCAGGCGCGCCAACCUCUAUGUAUCAACAAUAUCAGGAUAUAUCGACGGGGAAUUGGCAAGAUGACACAAGUUCGGCCAUGGGGUCAUACGCGUAUUAAAAAUCUAAAUUGUGACUUCGAUGUCACCGAUUUUUAAUUUUUUAGUUUCCAUGAUCUUGACUUGUUAGUUCUUUGUCGGCAUGUCGUGUGUCGUGCAUGGAGGCCGACGCCAAUGCGUCUCAAGAGCCUUUCUGGCUUUUUCACUCUUUUUUUCGCGCUGGUUAAGAGCGCUAAUUCCAGAGCAGAGAGAAAGAGAAUGAAAAUGUGAAAGGCCUAGAACUAUAUCAUCAAAACUUAUGCAAAUCCAAAAGCUUGAGUUUCCGUUUCCCUUAUGCACAUCCAAAAUAUACUACGAACAGGUCACACCAGCACCAGCACGCCGGGCACUGGUCAAAUGAUGGUGACAACUCGUGGAACGUGGCCAGUGCAUCGAGCAGUUCCCAUGCUGGAGGUUGGAAUCAAGAAAUGCCACAACCACCUGUAAAGCAGCGCAAGGACUACACGACCCAAGGUGCCAGCGGAAAUAGCAACAAACCAAAUCGCGGAGGUACCGUGAUUUUUUUCUCCUGCGUGCAGUUUUGCUUCUCAAGUCAAAUCAUUGCAUGCAUCUUUUAGUGAUCAUGGAAGAAAAAAGAGAAUGCGCCCGCUCAAUCUGAAAGCUCGAACAGUAUCAGUAUACAAAUUAUCCAAAUAUCCAAACAGAUUCGCAUCAGUGGAACGCAAAUGGUGGCACAGCAGGACGUGGAAAGAACCAGAAUAGAGGGAAAACCAAUAAUGACCAACAUGGUAGAGGCUAUAACGUCGAUGGCGGCAGCAAUCACACCAAGGGUAACCACGCUGGCGGGUAUAAUAAUUACGGAGGUAGUAACAACCAGAGCUAUGUGACGCCGCCCCCCGCCGCACACCCACUGCAAGGAGGUGCGGGAGAGGGCAAUCACGGGCUCUACGGUAUGCCGCCAGGCGGAGGCCACACACAGCUUGAUUUUCAAAGCCAAAGUCAGCACCAACAGCAGCAGUUUGGUGGAGCGGGCAACAACGUCAACAUGGGGAACAAUACUAGCCACAGCCUAAAUAAUUUGCAGAACUUGAAUACGCAAAACCUAAACCAGCAACAGCUCGCUGCCCUUCUCGCGACCAACUGGCUUUCCGGAGGAGGUGGCUCGGCAAACCCCGGGGGCAACACAAAUACCAUCGGGAGAGGAGGCACUGGACUGCAGCAGGCCGGCGCGGCGUCCAAUCAGGCAGCAUUGAAUUCGGGGGCUCUACUGAGCAAUUUGCUCCAGCAAAUGCAACAUGGAAACCUGAAUGUGGCGGCCAGCCCAACCAACGCAGCACAGCUUCUGCUUGGCAAUGCAGGCAUCAUAAAUCAAGACAGUAACAAUAAUACCUCCAGCUCGUCGGGUGGGCUCACUACGUCCAUGUUGGCGGGCGGACCCGCACAUCUGCAGGGAGCUCCUACGGGAGGCGUAACUGCUUUGCCUGCCAGCAAUUUGCAGCAGCAAGUUUUAGGACAGCAGCAGCAAAUUGUGAAUCAUGUAGCCGCAACUGGCGGGGCCACGCCCUCCGGUGGUCCUAUCGGUGCAAAUAACAUGCCGUUGAACUUGAAUGCCUUCCAGUUUCCGCAGCAGAACGUGUCAACAACGCCGACCGCAAGUGGUGGAAGCAUGCAGCACCACGAUCACCACCAGACCCAGCUUCUUCAACAGCUCGCCGCAGCAACUGCCAGCGGGCAGCAACCAGGAGCGGGAAACAACCACCAAGCGGGGGGCUCAUCAACGACUGGCACGAACCCAGUAAUGCAGAUAGACCCAACAACCGGGAUGCUCCAGGUGAGCUUGCCGAAUCAGCCACAAGCACAACACUUGUCGUUGGACGUGAACGCUUUGCUUCAGGUAAUACUCGCGCAGCAACCAACGCAGAAUACGGAACAGCAAGCGGUUUUUGGGAACAACACUUCUGCAAAGAACCAAGGAGGUGGUGGUCUAUUGGGAACCAAUGGCAACACUGGCCCUGGCGCUACAUCAACCAGCCUCUCUGCAGGAGGAGCUCCCUCGUCCGCCACGGCGUCAGGUUUAGGCGCGAAUAAGGCAUUGCUGGACGUGUUAACGAGCAUGACUAACACCAUCCAGCUUCCGUCAGCGAACUCAGCAAGUUCGGAUCAGCAGCAGCAGCAACAAACGAUGCUAGCCGCUGGUAACCAGCAACAGCAACUGUUGCAGGAUCCACUGGUGCAGCCGGCCAAUGACAGUGCCUCACUCCUCCGUCAGUCACACCAGCUCGAGGCAGAGAAAAACUACCUCACAGCACAGCUUUUACAAAUCCCCGGCGGCCAGCAAAGGCUCUCGCAAAGCUUACAGCAGCAGCUCGGCGGUACGGGCACUACAUUGGGUAUCGGUGGUCUUCUGCAAGGUAUAUUUCUUUACUCUUUGUACCUGUAGACGCGAGAACAAGAUUAAGAUGGACAUCAAUAUAUUACACUGCUGCAGCAUGAUACUUCAUCAUUUUCAUUUUCUUUUCCGGUGAUUCCAGCUUUACAUCGAGAUUCGCUUGUCCAUGGAAACGUCAUUGAGUUCGUCUAGAUCUAGAUUUUUAUUCCACAAUUACAAUAUUUAUUACAGGCACUCCGUUGCAGCCCGGCGCGCUUGGCGGCGCGAUUGCAGGAUCAAUGGGAGGUUCGCGCACGACUACGACCGCCCUGCAAACAGGAAGCGACGAUGUACCACCAGGGAGCGCCGCACCCUCUUCCUCAAGUACAACCGGGGAUACUAAUAAAGAGAAGCAGAACAAGAUUUUCGAGCAGCAGCAAAGAAUGAUGGAGGCCAUGCGGCAGUCGCAGAAUUCUGACCCAGGCUUGCCGGCGCCCGGUGUGGACCAGCCGGCACUCGCGGGGACGAACGACAAUGCAGCCCCGGCAGUUGGCGCGUCAACGUCCACAGGCCCCCUGCUGGGCGCGACCGCCACAGGAAACAACGCUGCAGCAAGUGUUGUACCCACCGUGCCCGCACUGGAUGAUUUGCUGAAGACCGAGCCCCUACCGCCUUUGGACGAUGGCCGAGGUGUGUUAGCAGCGCAACUGCUCCAGACCGUCGCCGCUGGUACUCCCACCGGGGCCGGAUCGCUUGGAGGAGCUAUGCCGUUGAUUCCUCUCAUAGCACCCCAGACAAAUGGGACUGCAAACGCCGGAGCCGCCAGUGGCUUUGCGGGGGCAGCGCCACUUGCACCAGGGGUAAGAAAAUGAUGCUAGUUUUUACGCAAGUAGUAUAAUUAUAAAUUGAGUUUGGCUUUGGAUUCAUUUUUUGGAACUUCCUUUAUGCCAACAAGAUCCGAUGGCGGUUUCGUUUUAAAGAUUUUACUUACCAUGUUAACGUUGCUUCUGGAUCCUCACCACAGAUGAACCUUUCAUCGCACCAGCAGACUGGCGGGAUAGACCAGGCGCAGAUAGGAGGAGCGCAGCUUACACUGCCAAUUCCCGCAGUGCAGCAGCAAGGUGCAGUUCCGAGCGGCGGCGCAAGCGGUGGUACUAGCAAUUCCACUCUCGCAGGCAACGUCCUCAACAGUGCCCAAAUGUCGUUGAUGCUGGAGAAGAACCCCAACCUGCUCCUGCAGCCGCAGCAGCGAGAACAACUGAGCGGAACCUCUACUGGUGCUGCUGGCGGAGUUCAACAGCUGAAUGCGGCAGCCGCGAGCAAUAAUUCGGUGAAUGCGCAGCUCCAGUUGUUGCUGCAGCUUCAGAAUCAACAGCAACGAGGCGGAGGACAAACGCCCGCGGCCCAGGGAAGCAACGCUGCAGGAAGCAUGCUCGGGCUGCUCGCGGGCAAUAUGUAUAGCGCAGCCGUGGUACAACAGCAGGCGGUGCAGCAGGGCGGCCAUCAACUAGGCCCAGCGAACGCACAGCAGCUCGGGUGUGUAGCGACGACCACCCCGACGAGCCAUCAGUUUUCGCAUCUUACUCCGGCCAUGUUCCCACGCUUUGCUCCCGACGUACCAAAUUUGAUGUACCAGCAAGCUACUGGCCCCCUCGGGACCCCGCUCAGCGGGAUGUUGCACAACGCGCCAACAACGCUUAGCAAGGGUGAAAACAUGGCGGGGGAGCACAUGUUUGAUGCGCUUGCCAUGGAGUUCGUGUUUGACCCGAACACGAGCCUUCGAAUCUGCAUUCCUCUGCCGCGAUCCUACAGAAACGGAACCCCCACGCGGCUGGCCGGCAUGGGGAAGAUCUCUGGAAGGUUGCAAGUCGAGACGCCGCUGCUGUUGUGGAGAGAUCCAAACGACCCAAUGCUCGGCCAAGGACCGCUUGACGGAAACGUGCAGAAUUGCAUGGAUCUUGCUGCCCCCUACUUCGACUGGACCGCAGACCAAGUGGAGCGAUGGUAUGUCUGUGACCUGCAGUAAUAUCGACAUAAUUGCAUGAUCGCGCUCGCUCUUGAGGAAGUACACGAAGAUUUUAUCAUCAUGGAUAUCGCCAAGCCGCAGCGGAUAAUGUUCGCAUCCGUAAGAAUGUGGACGACAUGGAGCACAUUGGAUUAGUGCUCACAUUCUUGUCGCCCUCGUAAAGAAAAAUAAGCUUCUCCUUCGCACAAAUGUAGAUGUACAAGCAUUACCUGCUGCAGACGAAAAGUUUUUUUAUGAUCAUACUUACAACUUGUGAACGUAAAAAAUCAAAAUACGCACAGGUACGUCGCGAAAGUUCGGCAGCGAAUAGAGGAAUCCGCGCCGUGGCGAGAGGUACACAGUUACACACUGAACAUGCGGAUGUUGUGGGACCUCUACAAGCGCACUUUCCGAGAGGACCGCAACCUCUCGUUUUCGAAAUUUCUCGACCCCUACCAGAAAGCGUACAACAUGGUAAAGCAGUACUCCGAAAAGUUGUCUCCCGCGGUGCCCGGCACUUUGCGCGCGCGCAAGUGGUUACCUUGCGCGGUCCCUGGAUCGCCCAGUCACAGGCCCGUGAGCGCGAUGAAUCUCGCGGAGAUGGACGCCACCAGCAACAAUAGCACACCUAGGAAAAAGCUGAUGCGGCGCAAGGAUCUUCUGCGUGUGAUGUCUUUUAACCUACUGUCGCAACACUUGUCGGACCAGUUUAACUUCCAAUUUGUUGUGCUCGAGGAGGGCCGCGGCGACUGUUUCAGUUGGCCGCUGCGGUUUCAACUCAUCGCACAAGAGCUGGAGCGAUGGGAGGCCGACAUUAUCUGCCUCCAGGAGAUCGAUCACAACCACGUGGUUGAACUACAAGACCGGAUGAAGACAUGUGGAUACAAAGUCGCCACUUCGCGUAUAAUCAUUUUUUAUUUUAUUUUGGUUGGAGAAAGGUGCAUAAUUUAUUUUUGUCAUUUUCACCGCUCCACUUCCAAUACAACAAAGGUAAAAGUUUUGUUCUAUGAUGAAAUGUAGUUUUUAUAGUUGGAGCAUCACUGCAUAUAGGGAAGAAGAAGAACCGGAUCCUCAUAGACAAAUUACUGGCUGCGUUGUACUCCUUUCUUACCUUCUUACAACAGAUCGGCGCACCGAGAAUUCAAAGGAUAUGCUGCUAGUGCUGUAUAAGGAAGGUAGUGGCAAGCUCAAGCUGAUCGGGCAACCAGAGAAUAUUUUCCUGACGCCGCACAAGGGCCGCGACGGGGUCUCGCAGCAUAUGACCUCGUUUGGUGGUCUGCAGCAGCGCUGCAAAUUUCGAUUCCAGGGAAAAGAGUUCGACCUGGUCAACACACAUGUCGCCGGCAUGGCCCCGGCCCUGGACGUGCAGCGGGCGUGCGAGCUGAUUGGCAACAACCGGCACAACGUGCACAGGAGGGAAACUGCAAGUACUAGUCCAAAUGCAAUUCCCAAGCUUGCGCUGCCCGCACCCCCAGUACCAGGCAAAGGCGUCGGUGACGGCAAGACGACAGCGAAAUCCUCCCCAGCCUCGACGGUGCUGGACCCGCACGCAAAAACGUCCCCGGAGGACGAUGAUCUGAGCCAGCAAGAGCUGCUUGCGGGGGCGGGUCGGGGGCGCGAAAAAGAAAGCGAAGAAACCUCCACCAAGCCGGGCACAGAAAAUACGAAUACCGUCAGCAACACGACGAGCAGCACCACCGCAACGUCCAGUCUGAACAAGGUAGUUGCCGAGAAUGGGGCAGGAGCGACCGCUACAUCAGCCACUGUGACCACGACCACUAGUUCAUCCAGAGAUCAUCCCGCGACAGCCCAGCACAGCAAGAGUGGGGCUGACAUGACGCAGGAAACCAGCACAACCAUGGAUCCCAGCCCAACCGGGACCAGCAGCUCCGUGGAAAUCAAUCAGGAAAGAACGCCGGAUGGCAACACGUCUUCCGAUGCUGGAACGGCUCCCGCAACCAAGAAGAACCCUUCUGCCGAGGAAGACCAGGCCGCGGACGAUCCUAGCAACAAUGCGACAGAUGAGACUCCACCGACACAGGUCGCGCCAAGUCCGGUCGGCUCAAGCGGUGGUCGCACACCCGUCGCGGAAGGUAACGCGACGCACCAGAUGACAGAAGGGAAAGACCUUAAAGACAAGGAUACGUCGCGUGUUGAGGAGCAAGUUCCUGACCACGGUAGGAAUAAAGGCGUUGCCUCUCCUCGCGAAAAGCGAGAUCAACAACAGAAAGAGGACGACAGUAAUUCUCGUCCGGUGCUUAUCCUGAGAAAAAAGUGUUACAGUUACACAUUGCGUUGCAGGCCAAGCAAGACAGACAAGCUCUGUCAUGCCGGAUAUGCAUAGGAGCCUCCUUUCACAGGUGUUUUCCCGUAGGAUUUCUGCAUUGCAGGUUUUCUCUCUCCUGCAGGGAAAUUUGUGUUGCUGAAUUGACAACAAAUGUGUAACUGUAACACUUUUUUCGUGCGAUAGUGCUGAUAGUCGGGGACUUGAACGGUAUCAGGGACGAAACGCGGUGCGUCUUUGAAAAGUUCGACUCCGCUUACGACGCUUUCGUCCUGAACGACGAAUCAGUCAUGGAAAACGGAGAAAAAUCGGUCACCACGGCCCAUAACGACACGUAAAGAUUUGUUUUGUGAUGUUUCGCCAGAAAAAAGCAAAAUGAAAUUUUUAAAGUUAUUUGAUCUUUAAAAGCCUCACGAUCGUGAAUGUGUUUGGUCGUAAAGCUAAAGUAGAAUGAGCGAAAAAAAACAUGUACUUACAACAGGUACCACUCUUGCGGUGAGUUGGACAAGAUUUUGUUUACGAGACCCUUUGCGGUGGCUCAAGUUUUGCAAAUUUUCGACGAAGAGCGUUUGUCGUGCGAGCAGUGGAAUACGCACCCCACGCGGUCCAUGCCAAAUGCCGACUGGCCUUCAGACCACAUUUCAUUGGUCGCGGAUCUUUUCUUGAUGGAUGCUGAUAUGGAGAGAACCGCGGACCAGUACGGAGGCGUUAGCACCCGUCGUACCCAUCGCCCGGCGGCUGCGGUGGACGCGGAGGAUGAGAUGUCGCUUCUGAGCGCUUCAGGUGCAGGGAUGCAGCAGGCGGCGGCGGUCCACAAUAACAAGACUCUCGCGGGUCUGGUGGACCCCAGCUCGAAGAACAAAACGCUGCUAGGAACUUAUCAGCAGCAGGGCCAGCCGGCGGAACAAAAGCAGACCACGACCCGGCCGCAGUAUGAUCUGUUCAAUCAGCAGCAACCUUCAACAUCGCAACAGCAGCAGCAGGCACGCAUCCCAGUUAUACCGCCGACGCCCAUAGCAGGGUCGUCUGCGGCUUCGUCGACUAGUAACCUGCAGGGUACUAGUUCUCAGCAGAAACAAACCAAAAGCCGAAAGCUAGUGAACAAGCCACUGUCUCCGAGCUUCACCAGCACUGCAGCGAAUAGCAAGAGCGCAACUAGUAGUGCCUCUGCGGUCCAGAAAAAAGACGGAGACAACGCUGGACAAGGAUCUUCGAACAAGCCCCCGCGUACUGGUCAACAACAUCAGCAGGAGGCGACAAACACGACAAAUCGAAGAGCCAAGCUCUCUGCGCCCCUUCCCGAGAUACCGCAGAGGGCGUCGGAUCGCGACGUUGAUAGUCAACAGCCUGCUUCCGGUUCAGGUUCGGGCAGCGAAAGUGCCUACGCCCGGACGGGCAACAGGCAGCCCCUGAAUAACAUCAAUGCCAUGGCGCUCGAGUUGGGGCCCCAAACGCGCCACGGAAAAGAUGUGUUCGGCAAGAACUUAAUGGACCAGUACUGGAAGAACAAAACGGCGUAUGAUCUUGAACAGCAGCGGUACGACGACUUUCCAGGGGCUGCAGCUGCACAGCUGGGCUUGAGAAGUAGCAAAUUCGGUGGACAACAAGCACAUCCUUCGCCCGGAAACAAGGCAACACUGCCUCCUCCCGGAGCAAGCACUAAGUUCAAUAUGGCGGGGAAAAUGGACCGGGUUUCGGCCGCGUACGACGGGAGCAAAACGCGAACAAGCAACAAGCACAAAGACACACAGGAGAAGCUGAAGCAGGGUCGCGAUGAAAUAGGGACAGAGCUGAAGGUCUGGCACGAGCAAUUCUCGAAGCGGGUCAAUGCGCAGAGCAUUCGUGACCGGGCCGCUGCCCGGAACGCGAACAGGAGCAAAGUGGAGGGCACAACUUCUACCUCCAACCAGAAUGUCGAUGACAAGGAGCGGCAGCUGCAAUUAUCGACUUCUGGUGAAGCAGGAGGUGGAGAACACCAGAAAGACAAGGUGGCAGAUGAUAUCAAGGAAGAAACAAGCGCAAAGUCACCACCUCCACAGUCACCGGGUGGAUUGAUCCCCUCGCCGGUGCAGGGUCCAAAGGAUCGCGCCACCUACAACCCAAGUUCCGGUGAGGAUGAGACACAUCAGUUGCCACUUCCUGCUCCGAUCAGCACCUUGCCAGAGCAGUCUACCUCGUCCGCCACCUCGGCCCGCCCAAGUUCGGAGCGGGCAACCGCGGGCGGCUUGGCCAAAGGGCAACCGACCAGCAGCAGAAAGCAGGGAGGGCCACGAACGCCGGGCGCGGCCGGGUUUGUGUCGGAGACAAGUAACAGUGCCUCCGGGGGUGAACAAACGUCGAGCAAUACACCCAGGUCCAUACCGGAAAAGAUGAUGACGUCAAACACGAACCACGAUAACACUCAGCAUGUGGCGGGAAACAAGCACACGACUCCCUCCGGUCGUCGUGAGGAUGUUCUGGUGGUACAAAACGCCGGCCCGGACUCUUCCCUUUCCGAGAUGGAGGACCUUCCUGGCAGCUCAAAGUCGGGCAGCGGAGAUCACCUCACGGGGGGCGAUCUGAAUCCGGACGGAACGUCAAGGUCGACGGGAGCAAAAGGGUUCAUCCAGAUCGACUACAGUCGUGAGAUGGGACCAGCACCACCCACGAACACGCACAAGAAGGCAACAUCAUCUUCUGCCGGGGGGCCGACCGCAUCGGCUUCGAGCAAAGGCGGACCACCAGGAGGAGGUACUAGUUACCAGCAGCAAGCAAGUGCGAAAGAUAAAGAACAGACUACCAAGAGCCGUGCGCUGUCCACCACCAGUUGGGGCCCCGCCACACCGGCACAUCACCACGACGGAGGCAAGGGCGGGUACAACAAGAGUAGCGGUACUAGCAACUUGAUGUACCGAAGACAAAACUCGGGCAACGCCAGGGACCACUUGACUUUCUUCGACGACAACACAAUAAAUCCGGCAGCUCAGCAACAACAGCCCCAUUCAUCGGGAACAAGCUCUUCCGGCAACAACCACCCAAUGUCCCACGCGCCGAGGCCGAUGAAGGAGGGUUUACCCGUGCCAGCAGGCCUGGAUCCGCUGGAGUGGGCCAAGAUGGAUAACCAACGAAAGAAAACCUUCUAUCUAGACGAGCACUUGUUUGGGAGCUCCGCCGCGACGACGAAGGCAAAUUUGGGAGGCGGGGGGCACCACAACGAUCAUUAUGGGGAAGCAGGUGCCUUCCGCGGCGAGGAGUCGUACAUGGGCGCGUCUUCGUCCAACAGCAACUACAACCAGGGCGUGGGCCCCUACGAGCGGCAAAACUCGCGGGGGAGUGCCGGAGGUGAAUACAACAACCCGACGAGCCGGGGAUCUUCUCAUCAGACCGCGCCUUGGACACCGCGCAGCAUGACGUAUCAACAGCAGCCGGGGUCCAGCGCUUCCAGUCAGCCAAGCGACAAGUAUCACAACCAACAAGCGGGGGCGAUGAAAGGUGGCUCCAGUGUCAGUUCCUCAGGACCUGCUCACAAGGGGGGGCCUGGUGGACCGGGAAAAAAUAAUAGACAUCUUCCGCCACAGCACCAGAACAGUUACCAUUCAUUAUCGCAGCCACAAAGCGGGAUGAGCUCGUCGCACGCCGAUACGCGCAGCAACUAUAAUGGUGGCGACUAUAGUAAUCAUCUCCAGCAGCAGCAGGGACCUCAGCACAACAAGGGAGGAGCUUCACAUUCACAAUAUUCGCAAAGCUAUGGAGGCCCCGGGCAGGAAUACAGUAACCCAGUGACUUCCUCUGAGAACUCAGUGAGCAUGAGCAAGGGUGGUCAGCAGCAGCAGCAUCAGCAUCAUUAUCACGGACAGCAACAUUUUGGUGACUUGCAGAGGCAGAACAGUGGGAACAAUAAUUACAGCAAUAUGAGCCAUACGCCCAGAAGCGGCAAAAGUGGAGGUCCGUUCAGCUCGCACUCAUCGUCCAAGCAGACGAUCGGAGGCAGCAGUUCUUACCACUCCUCAGAGCAGCCGAUGGGCAACAUGUUCAACAAGAACCAAAACCAGAAGGGCGGCCAAGCGCAUAGCUCGCAGAUGAACCCAAAUAACUUCCAGAUGAGCAACUACAGUUCCAGUCCGUACAGCCAAGGGCCACACAGCACUAGUAGCGGUAAAGGUGGCGGCAGCAACGCGCCGCAUCAACACGAGCAGCGCCAGCACCUUGGGUCUUUUGCCUCCGGCGGCAACAAUAGCAAAGGCGACAACUACAACAUGUUGCCCAACAAUAGUCAACAGCCACAGCACAGUACUAGUAACCCUAGUAACUCGACGUCGCACCGCUCUGGCAAUCAGCAGGCGUACAAAGGAGGAGAGCGCGAUCACCAGCAGCAGCAUUCUCAUUCACACCAGAAGCAGCAAGGCGGAAAAUCGGGGGCCAGCGUGUGGUCCCCUGGACAGGAUGACGAUUGCUGGAGCCAUGUGCGCGAUAAGCAGUGGCAAGAGGACCACGAACACGAGCGACUUCCUGCCUGGAACAACAAGGAUCCACCGGGCACACCCAUGGCUGGUGGAGGCGGUGGAUCGACAACAGGAACUGUAGCGGUUUCAAGUCCACCAAGUGCCAGUCACGCGGCCCAGCAGAUGCCGUUUUCUGAACGGAAAAGCAACGACAAGCAGCAAACGGUCGCGAGCUCGCCUGCCAGUACUACCUCUGGAACAAUUGGUGGCACGACCACGGGCGGCAAAAACAACACAUACAAUGACAGUCUCCGCGCGCAGCACAUGCAGCAUCAUCAACUGCAGCAGAGGAUGGAGCCAGGAACUGCAGUACGAAGAAGCCCGAGUAAGCCAAUAAAUAAAGACGCGGCUACUUCGUCCGGUGGAAUAAAGAGUAGCAGUGCCAGCUCAACGUCCGGAAAGGGUGCAGCAAACAGUGGUAAGGAUAAGGAUACUAGCAGUGCAGCUGCGACCAGCGCCGCACCAAAUAAAGCAAAAGGCAAAGGGAAGGAGAAGCAGGAUAAGGACAGCAACCCAAACAACAAAAAGAACAAGAAGAAAGCCAAGAACUCGAAAAGCAGCGAAGCACUAGACCAGCAACCCCCAGAGAGUACUUCUAAGGCUCUUUACUCAGCUGACAGUCGGAGUGCCGCGUCAAGCUCGACCGAACAGCUAGACAAUAAAGCCGCAUCCAGCAGUGUUUCAUCAAACAAGGCAGGGAACAAGAAGGCAAAAGCCGCCGCUUCUACGUGGUCCUCCACGAAGCAGCAAGAGGCUGCGGACGCGUCGGUGGGUGAUUUCCUGAAAGCGCAAAUAUCAUCUUCGACAAGUUUGAGACGAGCGGACGAGGGUGAAUUUUCGCCGUAUCCCCGGGUAGACACUGGGAUAGCCUUCGAGGGUCGCGACCGCGGACACUCCAAUCUCUCCGAGCUUGCAGGUACUUCUGACAAGCAUAUUAAGAUAUUAUGAUUAUUUUUUUACCUUAUACCCUUCGCCUUCCGAAGGGUAUUAAGAUUAAGCUUGGAAAAGAUUAAGAUAUGUAUCUUAAACUCACUGGAUAUCUAUGGACAUUGUCAUGCAACAUGAAUAAUCUUCAUCACACUCACAGUGACACCAAUGACCAGCAUUGGUACGACUGGAAAGGGCACGACCAUAAGCGGUGCGUCAACAGGCGGCGAGCAGCGAAAGAGCGUGAAGGGCUGGAGCGCCAAGCCAAAUCGGCCGGACAAGAACGAGAAUCUGGAUGAUGCCGAGUUUCCGUCCCUGGCCGAGGGCAGCACACAUCCUGGGAAUCGCAAAAACAAACCGCGAUCCAGUGGGACGAAUUCCACCUCCGGCGACGCGACGGACGCCGUCAAGAACGCGCGGUCUUCAUCCUCGAACGCUGUUGCACCGGGUAAAUCCGCUAACCCUCGAUCUUCCAGCUUUCACAGCUGUCGCGACCAGGAGCAUGACACCGGCAGCCGAGACUUGCAGGAGUCAUAGAUCAUGAUAUCGAGGAGCCGCUGCCGCGCAAGAAGUGUGCGACUGUUCUUGGCUGAAGCCUUUCUACUCCCGAUAUCAAGAAAGUUCCGACAGCCUCGUGCUCCAAGCAACUGCCAUUUGAUCAGCUUGUAGUGCCUCAAGAACCUUUUAGAGAACACAGAAACUUCGCACAUUUGUCUCGCAGGAGGCAUGAAGACGAGUAAAUGCGGCCGCGCUACGUGGACAAACAGGACUGCGGUUCCGAACAAAUGAAAAAGUUGUGAAUGAAUACUCGCACUACAGUAGAGCACCAGGACGUCCGAAAGUGGUCUGUGGUUGUCCAAUCUCUGACCCACACCACACGCAAGUAGGACUUCGUGCGUAAGAGUAAGAGGCCGCUCCCGUGUCGGAGACUGAAGCCGAAGGGUGAAAGAACAUACGUUAGUACAAUGACAUUCGAUGCUCGCUAGCGCAAAAGUUUGAAUACGAGGUGAUGACUCUCUAAGACUACAGGACGAGAUUGUUGUGAUAAGACGUAAGUAUAUGUUGUACCGAAAAGCUUGUGUAAAUCCAUCCAAGAACAAAGCGAACGUUGGGGCGCCGAUCGCUUAGCGUUACAUUGACU